CUCCUCUCUUCUUCUUUUUCUUCUUCUGAUCAUAACAUCAAACUAAAACAAACUAAUCGCAAAUGGCUGAAGAAGAUCGUAUAACGUUAGCACCAACUGAAAUAUACGGCCGGAGCGAUGAAGAACAACAGAACGGACCAAAAAUCUGGCGUCGUAAAACAGAGGAGCCUCCAGGAAACUGCAUCGUCUACUCUUUAACAAUCAUCGUCAUCGUAUUCGCAGUCUGUCUCAUCCUCUCCCUAAUCUUUCUCCGUAUCUCAAAACCAGAGAUCGAAACCGUGUCUAUAUCCACAAGAGAUCUCUUGUUCAGCGGCAACUCAACGAACCCUUACUUCAACGUGACGUUAGUGAGCGAUAUCUCGAUUCGGAACUCGAACUUCGGGGCUUUCGAGUUUGGGGAUAGCUCGUUGAGAGUUGUUUACGCUGAUCAUGGAGUUGUGGGAGAGGCGACGAUUGGCGGGAGAAGAGUGGAAGCUCAUAAGACGGUUAGGUUAACCGGGAUUGUGGCUGAGAUUAGUUCGUUCCGGUUAUUGAAUAGGAGGGGUUUGGAUUCGGAUUUGGGGUCUGGUUUUUUGGAGCUGACUAGUGUUGCUGAGGUUAGAGGGAGGAUUAAAGUGAUGGGAAGAAGAGAAUGGAAAGUUGGUGUGAUGAGUUGUACCAUGAGACUCAAUUUGAACGGACGGUUUAUUCAGAAUUUGUUAUGUGAUUAGUAGUUAUUUAUUGGUUUUGUAAUCCGGUAAGAAGAUUAUUAUUCUUUUGUUUUUUGUGUCUUUGGUUCAUGAUCUUUGUAUAUGGAAGGGGAAUAAUUUUGUUUACGAAACUCGUAGGUGUUAACUAAAAAGUUUAGCGCGUUAAUAAAAUGUUAAAUUAUUUUCUCAAUAACAAAUACUACUACAUGAUAAAGGAACGUGAGGAUUUUCACGUCUCAGGUAUCUUCGGCUCAAACUUUGCGUGC